CCUGUCGUCUCGAUGGUGUUAAUCCGACGCGACGCAUCUCGACGGCGGCGUCCCGGCGCCUGCCACGCUCGUUCUUCCACCUUCGACGCUCCAACACGUCGACUUUAUCAGUUAAGCCCGCGUUCUCUCCCUCUACCGACCGAUGCUAAUGCCUCUCUCGCGUCUAACUUGCGACCGAUUUUUUCUUCAUCAUUUUCGAACUGCACACGAAAUUCCGGUAUAAGAAAAAUUCUACCUGGAAAUUAGUUUAAAUUCGUGUACCGUAAAGUCGUGUUAAUGGUGGUGCUUAUGAGCAUGAUGUAGCUGAAACUGAUCUGAACACAAAUGAAAGGAUGUGUAUAAUAAUUGAACCUAAGGGACCAAGCAAACCUCCAAGGACAUCUCCACAGCAAGACCCCAUGGCAACGGUGGUAUCCACAUCAGAAACGCAGACAACGAUGCCAACGAAAGAGACCAAAGCAUCGCAAGAUCCCUCAGAUAUGGUCGAGUUUCCACAGACUAUCCUGUUCGUCUGGAUCGCAGCCAUCGCUUUGUUUUUCAACCGCUGGGGAAAAAUCAGGAUGCUUCUGCCCUACCAACCUGAUUACAAACAGGAACAGUUGAAGGUGCCAGGGACGGCCGCGUGUGCCGCUGCAGUCGCCCAAGGGGGCCCCUGCACUCAUGGCUCCAGGGACCACAUCUGCCAGCAGGUAUUUUAUACGGAAAACAAUUAG